CAGCAAGAUGAUCUGCUGGGCUCUCGGACUGGUUUGGCUGAUUUGCGGCUUUUCUAUUGGCUGUGAGGGAGCUCCAGCAGCCUUGAAGAGCAACAGCAACGAAAAAACCUGCAAGAAUCAACUUCAUCCAGGGGAAGGGCUGUCAUGUUGUGGAGGGAAUGCUUUCAACCCUGAAAAAGCCACUUGUUGUAAAGCAGAAGAUAGAUACAACCAAACAGAUGGUCUCAGUCAAAAGGUGUCAGUUUGCUGUGGACUGAAGGCCUACGACAAACUCAAUGAAAUAUGUUGUCACUUAAGCGUCGUAGCCAAACCUGUGCCAAAGGCCCGAUGUUGUGGGAAAGAGGCUUUUGAUAGCACCACACAGUUGUGUUGCAGUAAGAGCAGGAUCAUCCUGGAGAGAAAUUCCAUUGACCAUGAGUGCUGUGGACAGAAACAGUACGACAAGAAGACUGAGUGCUGCUGUCAAGACAAUCUUGAGAUACAAUCCAAACAUUCCAACUGCUGUAUGAAGCAGUCAGGUGCACCGCAACAGAGUCCUGCAUCUCAACCCAUCUGCACUGAGCCAGACUCAGUUCCCUGUGGGUCAUCAUGUUACAAUCCAAAUCGUUUCCGCUGCUGUGAGAAAAACCAGGAAAACUCUCUGUGGUGCUGCGCUCCAGGUCGAUGUGAAGAUGCCCCCCAGCGGUAUAACCCGCAUACACAUAUCUGCUGUGAUGGCUGUGUAUCUGAGUGGAAGCCUUGGUUGGAUCAAUGCUGUGGAGAGACGGCAUACAGCUUUGCACAACCUGGAGUUCUGUGUUGUAAUAACACCUUAUUCAAGGGCAGAGAAGAUGGAGAGGAAUGUUCAGCGCUUGGUGUUCCCUUCAACCCAGCUAAAGAGACUAUGUGUAGUUCUAAGUUUCAUGGCUCACCUGGAAGACACUGCUGCGGUACAGAAAAAUAUCAUCCUAAAACUGAGAUCUGCUGCGAUGGCCACAGGCAUCAAAACAGAACAGAAAACACCCGCUGCUGUGGGGGAAAGGCGUAUGACAUUCAAGAUCCAUUGAUGAAGUGCUGCGGAGGGAUACUGCAUAAUCUGACUGCCGGACACGAGGAACAGUGCUGUGGAUCUGUUCUGCAAACCUCACAGGAUGUUUGCUGCUCGAGUGAGGACAAGGAGGUGCUCUACAUGGCCAAGACAGCUUUCCGGUGCUGUGGUCACCGCUACUACAACCUCUCUCUGUGGUCAUGCUGUGCAGGGAAACUGAGUCCAGUGCGCCCUCCAAGCACAAUGAGUAAAGAAUCCAGACUUCUGUCAGUGGACAAUGUGAAGGACGCAGAUCUUUGCAACAAAACGCAUAUUGGGAUUGUGGAGAGUGUGUCUUCACACAGCGUCGUAUUCAGCAGUGUGCUGAUGAUCCAUGGAAGAAACGCCACCGUGACAUCUCUGGCCUCACCUUACAUCCUGAAAAAACAUGAUCACUGCACCUUCCCUAAACUGACUCCUUGGCGGAGCUACUUCUUUGAUGACGUUAAUGUCUUCGCUGAUUUCAACCAUGACUCUACUCUCCAGUCACUUCAUUUCAUUUUAUCCAGGUGCUACCGUCCUUAAGUCACCGCUUUUAGCUCUAACCAACACCAGUUAAUCAGUUCCUGUAUACAUCAUCAUAUUACUUGAAAAUGUUUUCAGUCGGUCAUUAUUUAUUAGUAACUGAAAAAGUAAUUAGAUUACUAAUAACUAAUCUUCUGUAGCACGUGACACCAGGGUUAAACAUGACAACCUGCAACUUUGGAGGUAUUCGCUGACCAUUAUUUGCCCCUACUGAACGUCCCUCUGUGCAUUGUGUGUAUUUCAAUCAAGGCAUAUUCCCUCUCCUAUGGUGGUUGGUGAGCCCUUAUGUCCCACCCCUAGCCUCUUCUAUAAGUUAACACAUCUGACACCUUCUGUUGACUGACAGACGUCAAAAUGUCCUAUUAGUGGAGCAUUAUAAGGAUUAACUACAAUGCUUUGCUGGGUUUCAACCUGUAAUCACCACUAAAGAUAGUAAUCAUUACUGUAACACUGCUCAACAUGGUGCUCAGUGACAUUCAUCUAUACACUGUGAAAUAUACUGUAAUGAUUCAAGAUUUACAUUUUAAGUAAAAGCUCUGCAGGAAAAGUAGCUAACUGUUAGUGAUGGGGUUGUUAAAUAAGUUGUACUUUAAUCAUUACUCUCUUAAAGUAAUGCACUCCUUUACUUAAUAACUCCCUGAAACUGAAUGAAACUACAUCAAUUUAUAAAACAAUCUAAAAGAGGUUGGCCUUUAUAACACUACAUACUACAAAUGGUAAUUGCCUUAAAUAAUAUAUCCAUUGGCCUCAAAAAAAAAAAAAAAAUUAAAGAGACUUCCUAGCUCUAUUAGAGGAAAGAAACAUUUUUAAAUGGCACAUGAGGUCCAUUUGAUGGGGAAACCACACUUGCUGGAGUCACUGACUCACCAAACCACGGCUUUAUAGUAGACUAAUCCAGUUUAUUUGACAUCUCAAUUACCAAAAGCAGUGUAUGAGAAGAAGUAACUCAAAUUGUUUAAGACAGCUGACUCUUCCACGGAGUCAAUACAAGACUGCAGAAGACUGCUUUGAUGCAGGGAACACAUCCCCCUCAAAAGUGAGAACAUGUAUAUUUGCCCGAAAACAUGAAUGUAGCAGAGACAGAGACGUGCCACAAUUUUCUUCGAGAUUCUUUGACCCCAAAGCCCCAGUUUCCUGUGUGCCCCCACGUCACCCCUCAAUGUUUAAACAUACCUACCUACACGCCCUUGACCGAUGUGAUUAUUUUAUUAGUAACUGUAAUGUAAUUACGGAAUGUAUUAACAGUAACACGUCACGUUACUGCAUUACAGACAAAUGUAAUGUGAUUACAGUAAUGUGUAACUUUGUAUCACUACUUUCUUCUUUGCUGUCCGGUAGCUGGUCUCAUGUAAGAAUGCUAAUAUGUAUCUUGACUGUUAACAUAAGCUAAACAGCUAUCAGCUUUGUGAUUUAGGUUUUGAAAUAUUAUGCUAAUCUUUGUCAUUACGACUUAAUUAUUGUUAUUUUUGUGCCAAUUACAUGACAAAUGGCAGCCAUUUGCACACGUCCUUCACACAUACAGUUGUAUGUUUACAUUGAAAUGGCAGGAUUUAUCAUGUCAUUAUCUAUAAAGCUAGUAAUUGAUAAGCAGCAAUACCAGGUGUAAAAAUAUGCUACAAAGAACCAAAACCCAAAUCAUCAAAGGAUUAAGCUGUAAUGCAUCGAAUUUAUGUUUCUCAAUGGCUAAUUCUUUUGUCCUUACUUGCAUAGAAUUUUUUGUUGUACUGCACAUUUAUUUAAGAUAAAAUAUCUAAUAUAAGCCAAAUUGAAGCUAGAAAGCCUAUUUUCCUUUUUCUGGCACAUUUUCUAUAUCAAUAUAUUUUCUAUUAGUUUUUGUAUUUUAAGCAACAGAAAUGUAUUGCAUGUUUUUUUGUAACAGGAGUGCA